AUCUUAAAGCAUAUAGAUUUUAUCCUGGACUUGUUUGUUUACUAAAGUCUGUUGAACUAGUGUACUGUAAAGGGAUAUGUUUGUGAACAUCAGGCGACAAAACAAACAAACAAGUUUGUUUACUUUCAUCUAAUGUGUGUGUACACUUAAACUAUAGAUUUAAGAUCCAAGAAAAAGUCAAAUCAAGAGAAAAGAAGUGAAAAUAAUAAAAGAUGGGAAAGUGAUAAAGCUCUAAAUUUAGUGAUUUAACCUUUGAAUGAGAAUGGAGAGCUCCACGGUUAAUCUAUUAAGCUCUACCCCCACCCUGAGCUUGGAGAAUCCAACCCAGUUCUCCAGACCAGUAACGGUGCUUGCAGCUGUAGCAGCCUGUAUCUUUACCGUUGUUGGAGUUGUAGGAAACUUAUUUACUGUGGUUGCUCUGAUAAAGUGCGCCAAACUUCGAACCCAUGCUACUACUACAUUUGUAAUCAGUUUGGCAGCAUCAGAUCUUCUAUUCUCAAGCAUCAAUCUUCCACUCACAGCUUGUAGAUAUAUACAUGAGGAAUGGUUACUCGGAGAUACAUUAUGUCGACUAUAUCCUGUCCUGUUCUACGGAAAUGUUGGAGUUAGUCUCAUGAAUAUGGUUGCCAUCACCCUGAAUAGAUAUGUUCUGAUCUCCUGUCCUGGUACUUAUCCUAAAAUAUACUCGAGGAUGAAUAUUCUCCUGAUGGUUGCUGGAGUCUGGAUAUUCUCCUUCGGUCUCCUUCUCCCUCCCCUUCUUGAGAUUUGGGGAACUCUUGGUCUUGAUCCUCCAACCUUCUCAUGUACCGUACUCAAGGAUUCUGAGGGAAGAUCUCCGAAAAAGUUCCUUUUUCUUUUUGGGUUCCUUCUUCCUUGUGUAGCGAUCAUUGUCUGCUACUCGGCAAUCUUCUACAGGGUCAGACAGAGCAGGUUGAAUGUCCAGAAACAUAUUGGACUCGAGGGAAGAAGAAAUAAAGAAUCUGCUCUUCAAUCCUCACAGAAGAAGGAAGAUCUUAGGAUGACAAAGAUGAUGCUGAUUAUAUUCCUCUCCUUCCUGAUUUGCUUUCUCCCUCUCAUGCUGGUCAACGUUAUUGAUGAUGAGAUGGCUGUCCCAACUCUCCACGUGGUUGCAUCUGUUCUGGCUUGGAUGUCGUCUGUGAUUAAUCCGUUUAUCUACGCUUUCAAGAACAGGCAGUAUAAGCAAGCGUUUAAAAAGUUGCUCUGUGUUUACCAGCGUGUCGACCAACCAGUGUCAAGACCUGGCGCGAGCCAAGCGAGUGGGCAAAGUAAACAAUCUGCUUCCAAAACAUUCAUCACAGAAAUGUUGCAGUACAAUGCAGGACAGGAAAAGAUUAAGAUGGUUUCUCAACAAAAGGGAAGAAGCAUGGCUGAGAAUGAGUAGAAACCACGACAUAAUUCAAUCGCAGAGGACUACACAGUAAUAGAAGAUAUAUCCCAGGAUAUCAUUUGAUGCCGGAUAUCAGGAUUCAGGAACCUGAACCUGGACCUGGAUACCCUCAAAACCUGAUCUCGACUUUUUAUAAGAGACCGGACUCGUCUAAAUUUAACAUCAAUCUCGGGGUUCUAGAUCUUUUCUUUCAAAGAUAAAUUUUUCUUUAUAGAUUAAGCCAUAAUGUAAUAUAGCCUGCCUAAAACAAAAUCCUACAAAUCUACAUUAUUAGAGAGAAUUCUAUGAAACUUGGGUUAUAGUUCAGAAAUUCCAUAAAUAUUGAAAUAAUGAGAAUUAAAUUAUGGUUUGAUACAUGUUUAUUCUUUCGUGAUAAAUAAAUACAUUUUUUAAUC